AGGCAGUAGGAGCAAAAACUGUCCCUGUCCUGUUGCUACUGUUCCGCGACACUCACCUACUGUUCCGCGACACCCACCUACUGUCUAGCGACACUCCCCUACUGUCUCGCGACACCCACCUACUGUCUCGCGACACACACCUACUGUCUCGCGACACACACCUACUGUCUCGCGACAACCACCUACUGGCCUGCAGAGCUUUUUCAGUGGCCUGUGGAACUAACCUACUGGCAUGCAGAGCUCUUUAGUUGGCCUGCGGAGCUUUUUAAGUGUAUCACGGUAACAAAUGUCAGGAGUUCAGGGGUACGAGUUUACCUCGGUGGACGAAAUACCGAUUGGAGAUGAGUGCAGGUAUUGCCGCACAACUACGAGUGGUUCACUGAAACAUUUGAAACAGCGGCAUAUUAGAUAUGCUAUUUAUUUCAAAGAAGAUGGAAAAGAGAAAUUUACAAUACCGUGUCUGUGUAAGGAAGGGAAAGAUGGAAAUCGAAGUCACUGGCACUGUCCAAAAUGUGGAAAACUGAUUGCCAGACAACCUAACUUUAAAGUCCACCUGGAAAAGCAUGGGUGUGUUGUUGGUGAAAAAGGUGCUAAUCAAGUUGAAGUAAUUCCAGAAGCUUCAGAAUCCAAAGAUACUGCUGGAAAAUUUAUUUGCCAGUACUGUAAAGGUACAUUUGCAAGUAGUGCAAAUCUGAGAAGGCAUGAACGUCAGCGGCAUAAUGUAAACCCAGAGCCUAUUUUUUGUGUGGAUGUAGAGAAAGGCAUUUUUCUCACUGCAAAAAACACAAGAGGACAGAGAGUUCCGAUACACUUAUGCAAAUCCACAACAUCGGAAGUAAUAGGCUGUGAAGUGGAUGACUGCAGAGAUUUCAUGGCAUUGGCAAAUAUCAGUGGAAAGCCAGGUGUUGAAUGUGAACACUUGAGCAGAGUUGCAUUUGCCUCUCCUUACAAAGAACCUGCUACAUUACAAAUCCAUUCAGUUAAGUCUAUGGUGGACAAAGGCCUUAUUUCUUUGGAAAGAGAAAAAGAAUGCAUGGACAUACACGCACAAGCCACAAAAGAAGGAGCAUGCACAGUGUUCCCUGUCUUCUACGAGGAAUAUGGUUAUUCAGGCCGGCAUGUUUAUUUUUCUGUUUUUACUGGACAAAAGAAUGCCUGGAGUCUUUUUGGCAGAACAAGAGUUACAUUUGACAAAAUAAUGGGAAAAUGGUCAUGUCAGUGUAGCUGCUCUAAAAAGGAUCACCGCUGCACACAUAUAUAUUUGGCUAUGUGGUGGCUUUUCCAGUCAAAAAAGGAGCUUCUAAUUGAGGAAAGAAGCACUAGUGAUAGUGAGAGUGACAGUGUGAUCACUGAAAGUUUGGAUAGGCUGGGCUCAGACUUCACCAAAGAACAGAUUGUGGCAAUGACAAAUUAUCUCUGGGAACAUAAAAGAAUUCCCGAAGUUUUGCCACCAGAGCUGAAGCAAGAAUUCAAACAGAUACCAGAGAAGUUUGAGCCAGUGGAGAAAGUUUGCCCAUACUGCCCAGGUCCAACACCUCCUGACUUGUCAAGUUCCACUGUCAUAACCACAAAUGCUACUGUGUAUGGAUUGUACAGUGUCAAAAGAGGAGUUACGGUAGCUGUGAAACAUUGUCCAGUCUGUCAAGGUCAGGUCAGGUUCCAGGAAUAUAGUUUGGGUUACCACAAUUUCAACAACAGAGUCCUGCUAAGCAUACCGCUAUGUUCAAUGCGUACUACAGCAAUAAAGGCAAGUUAAACAUUUAAAGUUAUUGUAUAUUACUGUGUAAGUUGUGAUUUCCGUAAAUUGUUGUUCAAAAGAAUAUGUUACGUUUUAAAUAUCAAGCAUAAUCAUUGCCAUCUUUCUUAAAUUAGAACAAUACAGCAAUAGGACGGUUCUUAUCAAUGAUGGAGGACCACAUGGAAACAAACAUCCACCACAACACCAUUAGAAAAGCAUUCUUUCACUUCUCAGCAAUGACUAAUUACAGUUACAACUUUUCCUGUAACCGAUGUGGCCACAAUCCUCCCGUGCUGAUCGCAGAUGCAAACUGGAAAGUGGCCUUUGAUUUACCUGUAAAUCUCCUGAAAAGACCAUCUGCAGAAAACAUUCAAGCAAGCGAUCUUUCAGUGAACAUUACAGACCAAUGGGAACAACUCGAAAAACAGCUCAUUGCUGCCGGGUUCUGUGAUGGCACAAGAUCAAAAAACCCAUUCUGCAAAGAACUAGGCUAUUCAGCAUUUGCUGCAUGGGUCGGGGAAGCUUGCAGAGCUGGUCCUGUCCUGCCAAAGACAGAGGUACUAAAAGGACUGUCUAAGCAUUUUAACAAUCCAGGAAAGAUUACACCAUCUUUGCCGCUAGAGGAUGUCCUUUUCAGAGUGCUGGAUUCAAAAAAGCCACAAAAGGCUGAACUGGUUGCAGCCUGUACUGAAUUGGGAGUGUCAGCAGAGGGAUCACAAUCUGACAUCCUAAACAGACUGGAGGAGUUGCUCCUUUAUAAGGAUAUUUAUCCCAAAAUGUUUACGAAGCUCCAAAAGACAGGCGGUGGAGUCUUGCAUGCCGGCUGUAUGCAUUCAGUCGUGUACUACUGCUCUCCAUUGUGGUGGCAGGAGUCAGCACGAGAUCAUGCAGAUGCUUUGCUGAGCCUGAAAAUACCCCCAACUAUUUACAUUUCCGAUGUUGCUGGGCGUGUGGCACGGCACACAAACAACAGAACAAAGCAACAGUUCUUUCAGCCCUCUGAUGGCAGACUGUGUGAUGCCACUUUGGAAAAUAUUAGGAUGGCUGAGCAGAAGCAGCUCCAUCUGUCUUUUCCAUGGAUUAGGCAAAUACAGAAACUUGGUGGACCAGUUCAAAGUGCACCAGAGAAUGUUGGAUUUAAGUAUCCACAUCCUGUUACAGGAACUUCCCAUAGAUUUUCACUGUAUGACAGGUUCCACCAAGGAAACCAGAAGAGACCAGAGGAAAAACUGAGAAGUUUAGAUUUUCUCCCUGAGAUGACAGGCAUCCUCAAUUCUUCUGUGGCAGAGCAGCUAAACAGAGAACUUGCCAAUUCAAGAUAUUUCCUCUGCCAGCUGAAAGACAUGCACUACAUGUUUAUGCUGCGCCUGGUGUUUCAUCUGCAUAAUCAGAGGGUGAACAACAGUUUUUUCGAGAAAAUGUGCCGGUUAGCUAAGGGAAAAGCAUCGAUCGGAAUAAAUGGCAGAAUAUGUCUGUUUGGUGACGAAAAGCCUGAAGAAAUACAAGCAGAAGUGUCUGAUGAUGCUGGGAGUGAUUCUGACCACCCAUUCCCUGACAAGGUAGCAAAAGCAAAAGAUGGCAAUGAGCACAGUGCAAAAACACAGGCAGGCCAGCAGUUCUCUGUGACUCUCUUCCCAAUUGUGGCUGAAAAUGAGGAGAAGCUUCUUAGGUUACACAAGGGAGUGAAAAACACAAAACAGACACUGUUAGAAUUUGAGCUUUGUCACGCAAAAUUACCGGAUCUUCAGACUCUUCUACCUCUUGAAUAUUUGGAACACCAAAAAAAGGAAGAUCUGCCAGCUUUACCAUGGCUAACUGAUGAUAUUGUGAACUGCAGGAUUUCUCAGUUAGUAGAUGGACAGAAGUUCAAGGUCCUCCCUACAUUUGAGUUUGUUUGCUGGUGGCGUGACAUUAAAACCACAGGAUCAAUUACCUCUCGCAACAAGAAGAUUCUUCAGGACCUGCACCCAGACACAGUCAUUUUGUUUCCCAGGAUUGUUGGUGGUAAAACACCUGAAAGUGGAAACCAUUUCAUUCUUUGGGUGAUUGAUGGAGUCCUGAAACAAAUCAGAGUUUAUGACUCUCUCCAACUGUAUCCUUCACCCAAUGACUGGGAGAUGGACAUACUAAGACAGGCCUUUCAGGAGACAUGGGACCUAGCAGCAUGGGAUGUUCAAUACCCACAGCAGUGGCAUCAAAAGGACUCACAAAAUUGUGGUGUUUUUGUGUGCACAAUGGCUGAAAUGGAAGUCCGUGGGAUAAAACUUGGCCAAGACACUUUAAGUGGACCUCAACUACAAUUUCUCCGGCGUUAUCAUGCAACUUCCAUAAUUUGUGAUGUUAUGGUGGAGGAAGUUCUGAAAAGUCGUCAAGAGUGUAUGGCAGCUGAUAUAAAUGUCUGUGUCUUCCAAAAGCUGGGGACAAGAGGGUCAUUGUAUCCUGAGGUUAAAAACCUUCAUUGGGUACAAUGUGAAUCCUGCAAAGGAUGGCUGCACACAGACUGUGCUGGUGUUAGUGACAAGGCCACCAGAGGCCAUUUCACAUGUGGUUGCCGAAGAAAAUUGCCAUUGAAUGUUGACAGAACUUUGCACAUUCUGCAUCAAGAGGGAAUUGACGGUCUCAUUGAUAACAACGAAAUAAAGAAAAUCUACGAAGCCCUCCAUGCUGAUGAACAGAAGUCAAGUCGAAUGUAUCUCUGGAAGCAUCCUGCUACAUCGCUGAGAUUGAAGCAGCGGUUAAAGCCGAAGUUCUGCCAUUUCAGUGAUGAGAAUACAAUCAAAAUGACGGCAAAAAUCAAAGCUGCUCUGAACUUGGGAAGUGAGAUUCAGGACCUGAAUUUAAUGUUUGAUGUUAUGAUGCCAGAGAUCAUUAUAAACAUCCUUCAAAAAAAUGACCAGGUCUCAAGGUAUAUGGCUGAGAUGUUUCUUGCCUCAGGACCAAUACUGGACUGAUUAUUGAGCAUGCUAAAAAGAAGACCACAGUAGCUGUUGUAUCAGUGCCGUUAGCAGUACAGUAGUUGCUCAGGUGACCAGCCAACGUUGUUAUAGACAAAAAAAGUUUGAUUUGUGUUUACCUUUAUAUACAUUUUCCAGAAAAUAUUUGCUACAGUCUAAUUUAUUUGUAAUUGCCUUCCUGUUUAUUCUUAUGCUUGAUUAAAGAAUGUUGCAUUAAAUAAUUUCCCAAUCCCAAUUGUGGACCAAACUAUAUGAACCUAGCACACUUUACUCAAUUCAUUAACUAAUUAACAAACUUCUGAAGCACUGGGUCAGGUGAAAAAGAGUAAGGAA